CCCGACUAGGCAUAUGAAAAUGUUUGAAUGUGAAGCGGGAUCCUACGGGACUAGGCCCCUGCGUUCCAGUCUAACGCAGACUGCUUCCUUUGGAAGUUCAAGCCCAGGCUCUUUGUCUUCGGAAGACCAUGAUUUUGAUCCAACGGCAGAAAUGUUGGUCCACGAUUUCGACGACGAGCGUACUUUAGAGGAGGAGGAGUUGCAGGAUGGAGAGAGGAAUUUUCGAGCAGAGUUGGCGGAUUUGGAGAAGGAGGGCAGCAUGCCCUUGGAGGAGCUGCUGGCCAUUUACCGUUAUGAGGCAUCAGUCAGCACGGCUGCGGGUUCGAGCAUGGACAGCUCCUCUGGUGAACUGACAGAUGAGCUGCCUGAUAUGACAUUAGACAAGGAGGAGAUUGCAAAAGACCUCCUUUCAGGGGACUAUGAAGAAGAGACUCAGUCAUCAGCUGAUGAUCUCACCCCAUCAGUAACAUCCCAUGAGGCGACAGAUUUCUUCCCAAGGAGCCUCAGAUCUAACACCAUUUACGAUGGGGACAAAGAAUCAGAAGGAGAGGAGGAUGGUACGAGUCCAGAAGACUCGAAAAAGGAGAUAAUGGUUGGAUCUCAGUACCAGGCUGAGGUGCCGUCACGCCUCUGCAGUUAUGAUGAAGAUGAGAAAGCGUACGAGGGCGAGGACCAGUUACUGUGGAGUCCGGGAGUUUUGCCGGAGAGCAGAGUUCGAGAUUUUCUGCGCGAAGCAGGCUGUCGGGUAACGGAUGGAAAGACUGGAGCUGUCGGAGAAGGGGUCUGCAUUCGAGACAAUGAGCAGGCAUUGUAUGAGCUUUUGAAGUGCGACUACAAUACCCACGAAGCACUUAAACGGCACCGAAACAAUGCGAAACCUUCAAAGGAUGGACUACCAUGGUCUGAAGAAGAAUGCAGAAACUUUGAACAUGCUCUUCAGAUAUAUGAUAAGAACUUUCACCUCAUACAGAAACACAAGGUGAAAACAAGGACAGUGGCUGAAUGUGUAGCGUUCUACUACAUAUGGAAGAAGUCUGAACGCUUUGACUACUUUGUACAACAGAACCGAUUUGGGAAGAAAAAGUACAGCAGCUAUCCAGGAGUAACUGACCUGAUGGACCGACUGGUUGACGAGGCAGAGGGCCUGGCCAUGGACAGCUCUCCCUCCGUGUGUGCUGGUGGUGGACGCUUGGAGCCUCCAACGGAGCAGCAGCUUAGCCUCCUCAAUUCCAUCACUGCUAGUGACCUCACAGCACUGACCAACAGUGUGGCGACUGUGUGUAACCCUGCGGACGGGGCCUGCCUGGAGUCCUUCAGCUUCCCCCCUCUGGAAAACCUCCACCGCAGCAGCCUGGGCCACAGUGAGCCCUUGGGUUUCGGCGCCAACGGCGACGCAGAGUGCCUGAACAUGCUGGACACUGGCUUCUACCACUCCGAGCUCGGCCCGCUCAACGUGUGCGGCAAAGACUGCGAGCGGCCCUCCAAAAGGCUGAAGAUGGGUCUCGCGGAACCCCUGGUGGGCGAGGUGUCGGUGGGAGAGCUGGGCGUCGGCUUUGAGGGCCGCACGCACCGCAUCACCAGUGCCAAGAUGGCCGUUUCCGUCACAGACUUCGGGGGCCUGUCCUCCGGCGACACCAAUGGCUUCAUUAGUCCGCACUCACUGCACACACAGCCUGCGGCCCUGCAGUCAGAGUAGGGGGCCUCAUGCCGGACCAACCUCCUGUUUGACGGAGCCUCCGUCAAAUGUGUAUAUAUUCUCAUUCACUGGAAUUUUUUUUAUUAUAUAUAAAUAUAUAUAAAUAUAUUUGUGUUUUCUUUUCCUUUUUUUUUUACUAUGACAUCAGUGAUGUCUUUUAUCGUAUAGAACUAAAAUCUUGAUUUCUCAAGAGUUGAAAUAGCCAUUUAUUUUCAUUUGUUUUUCCUUCAUUUGUUUUUCCAGUCCUCAAUUUGGAAGUACCAUAUCUCUGUCCAUAUACUUUGGGACCUGAAUGCAGGGUUUGUGCAUGUAUGUCCUCUUUCUGGUUCAGACAAGCCUUUAAGUACCUUACUGUCGUCCAGUUAACAAAUGGCAAGGAUCUCCAGAUUGACUGCCAGAAACAGCUUUUCAUGUUGGGUUUUUUUUCUUUUUGUUUUGUUUUUUGGUACUUUGGAAUAUCAGUACUUGGCGGUACCAAGAAUGGCCAGGCCCCUUCAACGCAGUGCCCACUGCAUGCUGCUCUGGCCUCACUCCCCAAAACGGCACGCAUUUAGUGCAAGAACUUUCUGCAAAUUGAGAAGCACUUCUGUUUAUUAGUCUGGGAGUUAGUUUUUGUUGUUGUUCUUUUUCUUCCCUUCGGUCUCCUGAGUGGACUACAGAAAGAAAAGGCUACAGGUUCCAAGGGAUUUGAAUCUGGCGAUUCCACGCCACAGUGGACAUUUACCUCACUGCCAGAUCCUGUUUGAGUUGGCUGUAAAUUAGACAUUUUGAUUUCCACACACACAAACACACACACACACACACACACACAUAUAUAUAAAUCUCUGACACAAUUUGUUUUAAAUGAGGCGGAAUGGGGAAAAAUCAACUAUCUGGUCGACUUGCAUCUCUUUUUUUUUUUUUUACUCUCUUGAUCAAAGAGAAUAACAUUGUUCUGUUUGUCUUACACCUGGUUCUGUUGUUCCUCAGAGCAAAAGUGCCAAACCUCUCCUUAGGGAAACCCUAGUCAUUCCACAUGUGUGUAUGGGUGGCCUGAUUUAUCAUCUCCAUGCCUGCGAUUAGUUAUAGAUACAGCUACCAUGUGGGAUGGCCAGAGGGCACUCAAGGACAGCUGGGCAGCACUGCGUUAGGAGCUGAAAUACAGUGUGUCAUAGCUGUAGUAGUUGUGAACGGGAGCUGGAUCGUAUUGGUGAAUCUUGCCUUUUAUCCCCUAAGUUAGGUUGUCUUUUGGGAAGUGGAAGGUUGCCCACAAUAGCAACAUUUAAUCUCUUUGUAUCCCACUGCCCUGGUCAGUCUGUCAGGCUGUGAUUGCAGAUACACCACUUUGCCUCCUUGUUGCACACGGUACCGAAGGAGCGUCUAUACGACGGCCUCAGUGCCUAUUCAUUGUGAAGCCUGCCCCCCCACCACCCGUGGUUCACAUUUGACUUGUAUGGGGGGGGGAGACCUUAAGGAGCCUCUAUUGGCACAUGUCACUCUGAGGAAAGGCAAACCAGCGAUGUGUGAGAACAGCUCACUCCAAGCGUGUAAUUCAGUCACUCUAUUUAUUGCUGGUUAUGGUAUUUUGAUGCAUUUUCUUGAUGGCUGAAACUCUUUGAGACUUUUUAUUUUGAGAGGGCGGGGAGAAAAAUCAAAGGUUUUGCUGUAUGAAAAUGUGUGGUUUAGAGGUAGUCAAAAGGCGGAUAUUUAUUUAUUGCAGAGUAUUAUGGGCUGCACCACGGUCCCCACAGCUUUAGCCUUAGUGUUCUGUGUUCAAAUUGCUCCCCCCCGGCAACUGUACAGUGAAACAUUGCUAAAAAUAUUGGCACAUUUUAACUUCUAGUUUGUGAUGUAUAAGAAUAUUUUUACUGACUUUAGUGCUGUUUAUGUAAGUUGAUCAGUGCAUGUACAUCCUUGGUUUAGUAAGCUUGUUAUGGUGAAUUGUUGGGGGGGAGAUACUUAAUGUUAAUAGUACAACUUCACAGAAAAGCCUAAGUACACACUUUGGAAGGUGGGUCUUGCUUGCCAGCAUCUCCCUUCCGUCACGCUAUCCAAAUUACUGUCUUAUUUAUUUGUCAUUACUUGUCAGGGAUUCCCAUUCAUUCCAGUUGAAGGCUGUUGGAUUGUGAGGUUUUGAGUUCUGUCACUGUCUUCAGUUUGCAAACCAACAGGUUACUUAGGAAUCAUUACCAGUUAUAUGAAUGCAGUAUGAGUGUUAAUUUAUCUAUGCAUUUUGAGGUUGACUGUAGGGUUGGAGCAGCCCUUUCAGGGGUAUUUGAAUUCUGAAUGUUGGACAAUGGAGUGGAUAGACAUAGAAUUACUGAAAUGGUGAAAAAUUUUCUUUGAUUUUCUUAACUAAAAGGUUCAAUAGACUUGCCAGUGUGGAAGAAUGUCUAAUAUUUGGUGUUCACUGCCAUCUUUUCAUUUGUUAAUGUCACCUGUUCUGGUUGACCGCCCCCCCCUUGAAGAGAAAAUAUAUGUAGUCAUUUCCCCUUAAUGGUGCCAUUCUAGUAAUUCUAUUUCUAUGGUGGAGUAUUUGAGACCAAUGCAUUGCUCACCAUAACAAAGGUUCUAUUGCAGAAUGGGUCACUAAGUUACUAAUGUACAUAAUCACUGGGUAGUCUUUUGAAAAGUUGAGUAUUUGACCUCGUGAAUUUGUGUUGAGACAAAGAUUUCUUUUAAUUCCCUGUUAAGGCAAUAAUUUGUAAAUAUGUACAGUGGUUGUUUUGUUUGACUUGGAUUUUUCUUUUUCCCCAUUUUCGUUUAAUUUGCGUCAGAGGACAGCUUACCCAUGCAUGCUGUGAUUGUUCACUAAGAUGCACCACUAAAAACAGCUUUACCUUCAACGUAUUAAGCUAUUCUUCUGCACUGUUUUUUUUUCUUUCUUUUUUUUUUUUCUUUCUUUUGAACGCUUUGCAAUCAUUGUAAAUCUCCCCC